GGUGCCCUCUAGUGACGAAGAGGAGCAGCUGAGGAGCGAGGUUUAUUGUUCUCCUGUCUGUUUGUCGGUUAACUUUAUUCGCCCCAAAGUCAUUUUUAUUCAAGAUGUUUUAACGACGCUGCCCACUUAACGUUCAGGUCGACCGUAAAGCAAACUGAAGCGAGCUGUGAGGAGAUAGUUGAUAGUUUCAGACGGAGCUCUUCACCGCUGAGACUUGUUCGAGGAUGAAAAGUCAAACUGCGCUCUGAGCAGACAGCAGCGGCGUCACGGAGGAGUGCAGGGGUGACGGAGCAGACUCCGGCCGGUCUGUGGACGCUGCACACAGGCAGACAGACAGUGCCCGGUACAGAGCUGCAGGGAGAACGAUACUUUACCUCUCAGCCACACCGAGGCUUUGGUGAAAAAGGUUUAGGCAGCUUCUGAGUCAGUGAAGGUAUCAUGGUUGUGUCGGUGCGGAGCUGGGUCGCCAACGAGGGAGGAAAGCACUUGGUCCUGAUGCUAUGGCUGGGAGUGAACACUUGGCUCUUCUUAAAGACCUUCCUGCUGUACUACACUGGACAGCAGUAUCACUACCUCUACAAGAUGCUCGGGCUAGGGCUGUGCAUCAGCAGGGCUUCUGCAUCUGUGCUGAACCUGAACUGCAGCUUGGUGCUGUUGCCCAUGUGUCGCUCCCUGCUCACCUUCGUCCGAGGAACACACACGGUAUCGAGCCGAGAGACUCGCAGACUGCUGGAUAAGAGCAAGACCUUUCAUGUGGCAUGUGGAGUAGCCAUCUGCAUCUUCUCUGUUGUACACGUGUCUGCACACCUGGUUAAUGUCGUCAACUUCAGUGUGAGCUACUCAGAUGACUUUCCUGCUCUCAAUUUGGCUCGCUUUAGAGGAGAGGACCCCAAACUGAUAAUUUUGACCACAAUCCCAGGAGUCACAGGCGUCCUGUUGGUUCUCAUCCUCUUCCUGAUGUUCACAUCCUCCUCCUACUGCGUACGGUUGUCCAACUAUGAGAUCUUCUGGUACACACACAACCUCUUCAUUAUCUUCUACAUCAUCCUCAUGGUGCACAUGGUCGGAGGAGCACUGAAGUAUCAGACCAACUUAGAGGCCCACCCUCCUGGCUGCCUCCGAGCCAAUCAGAGCGGCACAGAGCAACAGGGCGAGGAGCUGGAGCAGGGUGAGGAUGAAGAGAGGAGAUGCGAAGUGGAGGCUCACUUCCAGCCACAUUACCCCCAGACAUGGCUUUGGGUGUCUGGUCCUCUUUGUCUUUACUGUGCCGAGCGUUUCUACCGCUACAUCCGGAGCUGCGACCCUGUCACCAUAGUGACAGUCAUCAGGCACCCCUGUAAUGUCAUCGAGUUGCGCAUGCUGAAGAAGAACUUCAAAGCUCGUCCUGGACAGUAUAUUGUUCUUAACUGUCCAGGUGUCUCUUCCUUUGAGAACCAUCCGUUCACGCUCACAACGUGUCCUACAGAGAACAAGAAAACUUUUGGCAUCCAUCUUCGAGUCGUGGGAGACUGGACUGAGCGGUUUACACAGCUGCUAGUUCCUGAACCAAGGAUAGACUUGGAGAUCCUUCCCAUGGUGCAACAGAGGAGAUACCCCAAGCUUUAUGUGGAUGGUCCUUUUGGAAGUCCAUCAGAGGAAGUGUUUAACUACAACGUCAGUGUUUGUGUCGCGGGUGGAAUAGGAGUCACGCCGUUCGCCUGCGUGCUGCAUGCUCUGCUUGAUGGCUGGACAGGUUUCAGGUUGCAGAGGUUGUACUUUGUGUGGGUCUGCAGGGAGCUCCAGUCCUUCUACUGGUUUGCUGAGCUGCUGUGUGCUGUUCAUCACAAGCUUUGGCAGGAAAACAGACCGGACUACUUUAAUCUAAAACUGUACGUCAGUCAGGCAGACAACCUGCAGGGCAUGUCUGAGGACAAGUACCGCCCACUCACCUCGAGGCUGCUGGUUGGUCGACCCAAGUGGAAGUUAUUGUUCGAUGAGAUUGGGAAGACCAAUAAGCAUAAACGAGUCGGGGUUUUCUGCUGUGGACCAAAGGGCAUCUCCAGGACCCUCCAUAGACUGUGUAACUCAGCCCGAUCCUCUGGAACAACCUUUGAAUUCAACAAGGAGUCCUUCAGCUAAUCAAACAUCUGAGCUGGUUCUACACUUCAACCUCACUAAAAUAAACUGUGCCAUUUGACAUGUGAAACUGGCUAAAAGAACUUGAAUAUUCACAGACUAUAUUAUUGUUUCACAUGCAUCCCUGCCCAUUGUCAUAAAAGGCCCAGCAGGACAAGACCUCAACAUGCAGCAUGAGGCCUGUUCCUCUCUACAGACUAGCCAUACCCCCAACUGAUUGAAGCAACUGAAGCUUGAUCCAGUCAACCUCUGAGAAAAACUUAAGAAGCCAGCCCGCUGCUCGGAUUCUCCACUCAUGAUGCUCUGUGUUCCCUUUUAGUCGAUUCACUUGGUACAACACAUAUAGUAUGGGAUAUCAUGCCCCACAUGACCUACCUGAAGACACCUCUCUUCACGCCUUUAAAGGCAGAUGGCUUGUCGUGACGAAUGUGAGGCCCCGCCUGCACAUAUAUACAUCCAUCAGCAUGGUCAUCCUUCAGUUCUUACACUCUUCACCUCGCAAAGAACACCGCUGCUGAGAUAGGCUUGUUGGCUGCAGCCAGUUAGCUCUGUUUCGCCAGCUAACAGUUAGUUUAAUGGCCCCUGUUGCUGUUAGCCACCGGUGGCUACCCACAGAGCGCUGAUUUUGAUUUUGCUUUUGCUUUGACAUGCUCUGUGUCUCAGGAUGAGCACCAGGCAUAAACAGUCUUUGCAUGACAAGGCCAAGGGCCUUAUUAGAUAGACAGUUAGGAUGUGACAGCCCUUUUGGUGGCUCAUUCUGUCCUUUCUGCUGGGUCUAUUAUGCACAGAAAUGCUGGAGGUUUUACUGUGGUUCGGGGGCUGCUCUGUGGGGCGUGAAGAUAUGUCCCAUACUAUAUGUGUUGUACCGAGUGAAUUGACUGAAAGGGAACAAAAUGUUAUGACUAUAAGUUUUGUUCCCUGAAGGAGAGGAAUGAGGUACAACACAUAAUAUGUGAGGCUCCACAUCGCAUGCGUCACCAGACAUCAUCUGCCUUAAAAGGCUUAUAUAGAGGUGUCUUAAGCUAGGUCAUGUGGGGCGUGAUAUCCCAUACUACAUGUGUUGUACCUCAUUCCUCUAGUUCAGGGAACAGAAGUUACAGUCAUAACAUUUUGGUACUAAAGUUGUUGUUGGAUUUCAUCUUUUCCCUGACACACCCCUCUGCGGAGUAAAUUUGUUUUCUCAUGCUGGCAUCUAAUGUGAGAGAGGGAAAUGUUGCUUUAGAGUCCCAUCUCACAGAACAAACAUUUCCUUUGUCUGAGCUGGUAACUUUUGUAAUACAAAGACAGUAAUAUUUGA